AUGAGCUUCUCAGAUAGCUCGCCGGUAGUACACAGCAGGGCUCUGCCCGCAGUACCUCAAAUACCUGACAUCUACACAUCUCAAGCGACGGGUCCAGCGAAACAGCAUGACGGGAGUCCGGACAGCCGCUCCCAGAGUUUGCGGCGGAAGCCAGUGGGAGGGUCUCCGGAACAGCCGUCGAUUGUCCUGCAGGGUGCGUCGCCAUACAAAGGGGAGAACUAUUCAAGAGAUGCGAGCGAUGGCCGGUCGUCGAGACAGUCUGGCUCCUCGUUAUCUCCGAGUUCUGGACCACACUCUCGGAACGCCUCAAGAGAAGCUUACACUACAGACCCAUCACGAACCUCGGACAUGGGAAUUGCGUUCCCAGUCACCCAGAGUAUACCGUUUCGGCAGCUGAACGUGAACAACGUGGCGUAUAAUUCACGGCAUUCGCAUGUUGCCGACCUGGAUUCAGUAUACAGUGUACCUCUUGACGGCCUUUCCAACGGCGAUGAAGAAGAAUCCUUCCACGCGCCCGGCUCUAAGGGCCAGGAGCCUCAAGAAAAUUACCCACCUUUGCAAUACCAUCACCAGCCCAACCCCGUGCCUGUUUUUUCGCUGAGGCAGCCAGUUGACCGGGUGAAAUCCCCGAGCUCUUCCUCCCAGGCUUCGUCGAGCGACAACAGCGGGCACCGGAACAGCCAGAGGCCAGACGUGCUGCUACCACGCACCACAAUCCCCAGACCCAGUUCAGCCUUCACCCUUGGCGCGGAUUUGAACGCACGGGGUCGCCACUCGCCGCGCCUCUCUGCAAGCGGCUCCCCGAACGGGUCGCCCAUCAGUUAUGCUCGGGGACAGUCGGCCAAUCGAAGGUCGCCGGAAAGUCGCCCAACGUCCUACAUUGAUUUGUUGAAUAUUCCCUAUGCACAACAAGCGGCACCCACAGGCAACUUCGGCAACGCUAUGCUGAAACAGUCAGUCGGCUCAAAUGCGUCCCUCCUUGAUACUAAGAAAACAUUGGACAUGUAUCGGGCGAAUGUUAAGAAAACCCAAGACCUGGCCAUCCAAUACGAGUUUGCCCUAUUUAUGGUGCAAGUAGCCCAAGAGGUCCGGACCGCGGGCCCUGGGGUUGACGACCACGGUCUCAGUCCAGCUGAAAUGCUUCGGGAGGCACGACAGAUCCUCCAGCGGCUAGCCGACCGGAGUUAUCCGUUUGCGCAGUACUAUCUUGGGGACGGGUACGGGUCGGGCCUCUUUAACAAAGACAAGCCUGACUAUGACCGAGCAUUUCCACUUUUCAUUGCUGCCAGCAAACACGGACACGCUGAAGCUGGCUAUCGGGCUGCUCUGUGCUACGAGUUCGGGUGGGGCUGCCGCAAGGACUACGCCAAGGCCGUGCAAUUCUACCGGGCAGCUGCAUCGAAGAACCAUCCAGGAGCAGCAACAAGACUAGGCAAGGCGUGUUUGACAGGCGAUAUGGGUCUCGUGAAUCGGUACCGAGAGGGGUUGAAGUGGCUGAAGCGUGCGGCGGAAUCGGCAGACACCCAAUACAAUACUGCGCCUUACGAGCUGGGAUUGUUGCACGAGACGGGAUUCGGCGAGGACAUCUUCAAAGAUGAGAUUUACGCGGUGCAGCUCUUCACUCAGGCGGCCGAAGUUGGACAUCCUCAGGCAGCCUUGAAGCUUGGCGAGGCGUACGAGCAUGGUCUCCUUUGCUGUCCAAAAGACCCAGCACUCAGCGUGCACUACUACAAUUGUGCAGCCCAAGCUGAUAUACCGGAGGCUAUGAUGAACUUGUGCGCGUGGUACAUGGUGGGCGCCGAGCCAGUGUUAGAAAAGGACGAAAAUGAAGCGUACGAAUGGGCGAAGAAGGCUGCUGAGCAUGGACUGCCAAAAGCAGAGUACGCAUGCGGCUACUUCACAGAAAUGGGCAUUGGCUGCCGGCGCGACGCCCUCGAGGCGAACGUUUGGUAUGUCAAAGCCGCCGACCAUGGCGACGAACGAGCGAAACAACGCCUUGCCAUCAUCCGGCAGGCAGCAUCAGGGGAAUCGGGUCUUCCUCCUACCACGGAAAAGGGAGGCAAAAUCAAAAGGGCAGGUAACGACAAGGAUAAGGACUGCAUUGUCAUGUAG